AUGCCAGGUCGGGGCAAGCGCUCGCGAUCGAGCGUUGCCGGUCCCAAGGCACCCACGCUUCGCGACCAGGAGAAGCAAAUCGACAACCUCAAGAAGGAAAACUUCAACAUCAAGCUCCGCGUGCACUUCCUCGAGGAGCGCCUGGCGCAGCUGGCCCCGGACCAGGUCGAGUCCGCGCUGAAACAGAACAUCCAACUCAAGAUCGAGGUCCACGAGCGCGGCCGCGACCUGAAGAAGAUGCGCAAGGUCGUCACCGAGCUCGAGAAAGAGCUC